AUGGGGCUCAAUUACGACGACCUAUCCGAUUGCUCGGACAUGAGCUCCCUGCCUCCCAGCUCGCCACGAUCCUCUCCAGGCCCGGAAUCUCGCUAUCCAUCUCCUUCGUCCCAACUGGAGGCUGAGUUUGAGCAGUCUGCCGCUGAGAGUUCUGCACGCCAAGCCCGUCCCGCAAAGAGGAGACGCAACCCACUCCCCAAGGAACGAACCACCCAAUAUCUCGAUCUCUCCAAAUCUCUCCACGAGCAAUCUGAUCAACACUAUUUGCUGGUGCAAACUCUGCGUCAUCAAAAAGAUGUUGUCGUCAUUGCUGGCGCCGGCAUUUCCACCGCUGCGGGCAUUCCUGAUUUCCGCUCCUCGGACGGUCUCUUCCGUUCCCUGCAACAGAAACAUGGCCUCAAGUCAUCCGGCAAGCUCCUGUUCGAUGCUGCCGUUUACCGAGAUGACGCUUUGACCGCCCCAUUCCACGAAAUGGUCCGGUCGCUUUCCGAAGAUGCUCAGAACACUAAGCCCACCGCCUUUCACCGAAUGCUCGCCCGACUGGGUACCGAGGGUCGCCUGAAGCGCCUCUAUACCCAAAAUAUCGAUGGCAUCGAGACUCAAAUGAAGCCGCUGGCUACUGACAUCCCUCUCAACAUCAAGGGCAACUGGCCCGUCACUAUUCAAUUGCACGGCAGUAUCGAGAAGAUGGUUUGUCAAAAGUGCCGUUUCCUGACUGACUUCAACCGUGAUAUGUUCACCGAAGCCGAUCCCCCCGCUUGCGAGGAGUGUGCGAUCAAUGAUGAAACGCGCCAGAUUGGUGGUCUGCGCAGCCACGGAAUCGGCCGUAUGCGCCCGCGCAUUGUUCUUUACAACGAGCACAACCCCGACGAAGAAGCAAUCACCUCCGUGAUGAACGCCGACGUCAAAUCUCGCCCCCGUGUUCUGAUCGUUGCCGGAACCAGCUUGAAGAUCCCCGGAGUCCGUCGACUUGUCAAGAGCAUGUGUUCUCAGAUUCGGAGUCGCAAAGAUGGUGUGACCAUGUUCGUCAACAAUGAACCGCCUACCGGCAAGGAGUUCGCCGAUUGCUUUGACCUGAUUGUCCAAGGAUCAUGCGAUGAAGUGGCCAACCAGGCCAACCUGAAGUGUUGGGAGUCUAGCGACAACGAGCUGUGCGAGUACGAGUCAUCACCUGAGCCUAUGCCCCAGCUUCCGGGAUCCCUCAAGGUCCAUGCCUCUCCAGAUGUCUCCGUGGUUAUCACUCCAACAAAGAAGCGCACUCGCGACGUCACUGGCCUCCUUUCACCACCCUCGGGUCGUGACGAGCAGCCCGCUAAGAAACGUGCCACCAAAGCUACCAAGGCCAAGGCAACCACGAACCCAGCAAGCAGGGGUCCUUCAAUCACCGAUCUUCUCAAGGGCCAGCCCAAAGCUGCAUCCAAGACUGCUUCCAGCGCUGCACCCAAGGCUACUUCGAAGUCUGCUGCCAAACCGGUCUCCAAGCCUGCCGCGAAGAAACCCGCUGCCACAACCACUGCGAAGCGUGCCAAAAAGACGCCCGCUCCCGUCAAGCCCGACGCCAAACUCACUGCUUUCAAAAACACCCGCGUCACCAAGAACUCCCGCGCUGCGGCCACCGACUCAAAACUCAACGCCAAGAUCAUGUGUCCAGUUCCUCCAGGGGAUCCAAAGAACAACGGAACCUUGGAUAUCUCCCCUGUCGACUCGGAAGGCAAGCCAGACAUGGCAGAUAUCAACCUCGACUCUGUCCCGACUAUGGUUUCUUCAUAA